GACGGACCGCGACGAACCGAGACGGACGACGACGGACCGACAGCCGUUAAAACGUGUUUUUACCGGCAGUUUGUUUCUCACCGACCGGGUAACAUUAAUCCUUUCAUCGAGGUUUUUAUUCAGGUUCUUUUGAAGAUGAAGAUUUUAGCGGCGUUUGUGAUUCUCCUGCAAGUUUCCCAGCAGGCCUCAGCUGUGACGUUGGAGGUGAAGGAGGGGGAUCUGUCUGUCUUGCUGCCCUGUAAGGCACCUGCAGGUGUAACUUUACCUUUAACUGUAGACACUGUGGUGGAGUGGAAACGCCUCAACCCUGACAUCACCGUCCACGUGCGUCGUGACAACCGUGACCAGCCCAAUGACCAGAGCCAGCAGUACAGGUCACGCACGUCUCUGAGUCAGGAUGCUCUGAAGAGCGGAGACCUCAGCCUCACCCUGAAGAACAUCCAAUUGGUGGACCAAGCCGUCUACGACUGCUCCGCCAGCAAGGGACGAGAUACCCUGUUCAGUAAUAAAGUCGACCUGCAGGUCAUCAGCGAAGACGAGGCAGAGUUAGCAGCUAAGCGUGAUGAGUUCCACAACCUGUAUAUCACCUUCCUCGUCCUCUUCAUCCUUACUUUGAUUGUAGCUCUUGUGUUGGCUGGUGUAGUCUACAAAGAAAAACAUAUGAAAGGCAGAUCAGCAGUUGACAUGUGACACCUGAACGCAUCACAGGCUGAGGACACCAAGACGCGUCGCCAUGACAACGCCACCUCUCCCUGCAGGCUGAGGACAACACCAGGACGCGUCGCCAUGACAACGCCACCUCUCCCUGCAGGCUGAGGACAUCAAGACGCGUCGCCAUGACAACGCCACGUCUCCCUGUAGGCUGAGGGCAACACCAAGACGCGUUGCCAUGACAAUGCCACCUCUCCCUGCAGGCUGAGGGCAACACCAAGACGCGUCGCCAUGACAACGCCACCUCUCCCUGCAGGCUGAGGGCAACACCAAGACGCGUCGCCAUGACAACGCCACCUCUCCCUGCAGGCUGCGGACAACACCAAGACGCGUCGCCAUGACAACGCCACCUCUCCCUGCAGGCUGAGGACAACACCAGGAUUCGUCGCCAUUACAACGCCAUGUCCUCCUCCCUCCAGAUCACCCGCCUUGGCGGUUGCCGUGGCGAUAGUAGCCCAGCCCACAGUGCUUCUAACUUUGUUUGAACUUUGUUAAAUUUCCUAAAUAACUGAAUUUGUACAUUUAAUUCAUUUUGUUUGUUACCAUGGAAAUGCUUUAAUAAACAUCCAGGUAUU